AUGUCUCUCCUAGCCCUUGCAACUUCUAUCGCUCACUUUGGCAUUUCUAUAGGCCACACCAUGCUCGGCCUUGAGCUUUUCGCACGUCCAGUCUGGUCACCACUGCCUGUCCUCGAAUUCGCAUACUCCCAAGCAGGCUGGUACCAAGGCUCAAUCUCGUUCGCCAUUUUCGGCAUUUUCAACUAUCAACUCUCUCGGCGGGAUCCGUCGACGUGGACACUGUAUGACCGGGCUAUCACUACUCUGAUCCUCAUCCUCUAUUGGGGAACCAGCCAAUGGUAUCUCAGACGUGGGGACAGCAAGACUGGAAUCUUGAUGGCUGUAGUCGGAGGCUUACAGAGUUUGACUGUGGUGCAGUAA